UUGGGGAAACUUUUUUGAUUGCUUGGAAAUAUUAUGUAAUACGACAACGUCACUUCUUAUAGUUCACAAGGCAGUUGUAUUUUUUUUCAAACAACAUAUUAUUCUUGAUUUUGAAGCACAAGGUAGAAAAAUGUGGAUUACAGAAUUUCGAGACCCAGACAACACAGCCGCUAUGAUCAGCGCAGCAAAAGUAGCACACAAGCUCACUUACAUAUUUCUUAGUAUUGUAAUAUUUACAAUAGCUAAUUUUUUUUUCGCACCUGCUGUUUCCAUAUUCUAUCAAUGGAAAUCAGGAAAAGCACCAACGGAAUUUGUCUAUGUUCUUCCGUACCUAGUUAAAUUGCCUUUAGAUUUGAAUGACUCCGUGCAACAUGCCAUUGCGUAUGUGCCAGUAACAAUAUGUUCAGUUUCCUUGAUUUUUUACAUAUCUGGAAUUGACGCGUUUUAUUGCCUUGCAAUUCAGCACCUAGUACUACAUUUGCAGCUUUUACAACGUGCUCUGAUUAAAUUACGAUUAAGAAGCCUUGAUAAGAAGGAUAAAACAAAGCUGGCACUGGAUUAUUUACGCUUAUGUGUAGAAAAACAUCAAGCUAUCAUCAAACAUAGCUACAUUUUAGAACAAAUUUACAGUCCGAUCAUUUUCGGUCUUGGAGUUGUCAGCACUUUAAGCAUGUGCAUGGUGAUAUUCCAUGCAAUUGUUACCAAAGGUGGGCACAAUGGAAAUGUAGCAUUGUUUAUAGUGUAUUUUUCCAUGGAAUUCUCCGAAGUACUAUUGUACUGCUGGUUCGGGAGUUCUCUGAUCUUUGCUAGCUUAGAAGUUGGCUUGGCCCUGUACGAUACAGAUUGGUACAACGCUCAGCAAGACAUUGAAGCUUUUCCUACCUGUGUCCACAUUAUGAUGAUCAGAAUUCAAAAACCCAUUAAACUUACUGCCCUCAAAUUUGCCGAUGUGUCCCUGAUAUUAUUUACUAAUGUGGGUAAAAUACAUUAUUCGUGAUUUCUUUUCGUCAUACUUCAUACCCAGUUAUGUAUUAAUUUAGUUUUAUUUACUUACUUUGUUCCAGAUAAUGAGCACGACAGCCUCAUACUUUGCACUUCUAAAAACUCUUUAUACGAGUUAACAAUAUCAGGUUAUUAUAUUCAU